AUGUCGGCCUGGACAGACGACGAGUACAUGAAUGCGCAGGCCGCAGUCUCGCUGCCUGCGCGAGAGUACGUUCCUUACAGAACACCUUCGACCAAGUCAAGGAAGUCGAGGCGUUCAGCACGUUCAAUCACCCCACCGGCAAAGAAGAAGAUUUCGCCGUCGAGAAAUGGAAACGCCUCUAAGCGUUCCUCAAGGGACAUAACAACCGACGAGCAAAUCAGCAUCCUCGAUCCACGACGCUUCACUCCCACUCUGCAUGCCAACUUGGUGUCCGAAAUCUUGUCACUGAGAAGAGACCAAGAAGAAAAGGUCAAGGUUAUUGAGAGCCUCGAAAGUACACUCCAAGCAAGCAGAGAGGAGCAGGAAGCUCUGCAAGACAGUGUCAAUGCAGCAACCAAGGAGACCCGCUCGUUGCAACGACAGCUGUCGCUGCUGGAGGGUGGAACUUCUUCAGCAUUGGGAGAUCUUUCACGAGAAAGAGAUGAGGCUGUCGAUUCAGCGACUGAUACGAAGAAGCGCCUAGAUGCAGCCCUGAAGAAAAUUCGUAUCCAAGAAGAAGAUUCUCAGCGAGUUCAUGAACAGUGGGCUGAAGAAAAAGAGAACUGGGAAGAUGAGAAGCGCAAAUAUGAGCGGCGAAUCCAUGUGGCGGAAAGCCGCCUCAAAAUGGUACUUGAUGAGGUUGCUGCCUAUCAGGCAAAUCACGCAAAUGGAGCUUCUCAACAAGGUCGUGGCCAUGAGAGUGAUGCAGAAGACAGCGGUAGAGAGAAUGACACAGGCAGCGUGAGAACAAUGAGUCUCACAAGCAGCAUUCGUUAUUCCCUGGCCAACGGACCUGGCUUUUCUCUCAAUGGCUACUCUCUGGCAGAUGAGCUCAAAUUCGAUGAUACGGAUGACCAGACGGAUCUUGACGGACGCGAAAGCGUCUUCUCAAGCCCACGACAACAACACCGGCGAACAUUUAGCCGCGAGAGUGUUAUUAGCAAGCUUCACCGAAGGACAAAGAGCAUUGAAAGUGUGAAGCGUCCUGGCAGCGUUGCACGUGGCAGAGUUUUCAUGAACCAAUCAGUCCUAGAGGCUCUCGAAGGCGAAGAUGAAGAGACCGAGGGAGAAGACUCUGCUCCGGCUCGUACUCGCGCUACCUUUAAGCCAUCUUACGCUGACGCUGGAGUUCAGUCUUCUCCUGCUUCUGAAACUUCGUACAACAACGCUGGAGUCCAGUGCUCUCCUGUUUCCGACUAUACAUACAGCACCACUGGAGUCCAGUGCUCUCCUGACUUUGAGCAUAGAUACAGUGAUACAGGCGUCCAGUGUUCCCCUCCGGCUCCGGCUCCCGUUCCGGCUAUCAUUACAGCUCCUAUUUCCACCCCCAAGCCUGUAUACACCGACACUGGAAUUCAAUACUCUCCCACUCCCGAACCCUCAUAUACCGAUGCAGCAAUUCAACACUCCAUUGCUUCCGAGUCUUCGUACACUGACACAGGAGUUCAAGAUGCACCUAACUCUACAACCUCGUACGCUGAUACUGGAGUUCAGUACACAGCUACUUCUGAGCCUACAUACGCUGAUACAGGCGUUCAGCACUCACCUGCUUCUGAGAGCUCUUACGCUGAUACAGGAAUCCAAUUUUCUCCACCACCUUCCCCUACACUGGAAGUGAUGACAUCUCCUGAACUGGAGUCUGUCAUUUCUGAGGUAGUCGAAAAGAAACCGUAUGAAGAGACACCCCCGCGAUCGUCCGAAAUUGAAGCAAAUCAGCGAAAGAAGAGAACGGUUGAGGUUCCUUUAACCCCUCCGAAGACACCAAAUUCAGUGUACGAGCUGCGUGAGGAUUCCCCUGUGGAGACCGAGGCUCCUGCUCCCGUAGUUGCUCCUAUUGCGCUACCUCCAAUCUAUAUCCCGAGCAUCAGCAUUCAACCACCAACUAGCCGGCCUACCUCGCCGCACACUCCGAAGCUACCCCAACAUUUCAAAGACUUUGGAUGCCAAGUCCAUAUCAUUGUUAAAGGCGAUAUGGUUGACUCGAGCUCUCAAACAGAGGCAAUCCAGACAGACAAGAGACUGGCUCUUCUUCCAGCCCAUCUUCAGCCGUCUUCUAUCACUUCCCGUCCUACCUCGCCUCAUCCUUCGGGCAUUGCUAUUCCCGACAAGAGCGCCAAUCCUCUUGCUGGCGGCUUACCUCCUCGAAACCCUCGACGGCUGGAAAGCAGCCGGUAUAGCACCGAGCUUCCGUCUUCCCCCAUCAGCCUCCGAAUGGAUGACCAUGAUUUACACGACUACAACGAUGAUCUUCUCCUAUCGAGCCAACGCGGUCCAAUAAUCCCACCUCGCCGUUUCAGCAGCCUGUUCUCCGGCUUUUAUACCGAUUCGGAUGAGAUUGACGAGUUUGGCGAGCUGGACAUGAGCGAUUCUGAGUAUCGAACCGCCUUGACGGCCCCCAGACCUCCAUCUAACCUGAGCCGAACCAAUAAGCGAAGUUCAGUGGGUACAGUCGCAACUUCACCUGAUCAACAUUCCAAGCGCUCUGGUAGGACAUCUGUAAGAUCAGUAAGGAGCACCGACCUGUAUAGUGUUGGUGAGAAUGAGCCCCAGUCCGGGAGAUCAAGCAGGCUCAACGAAAAGUCACCAGCGCCUGCACCAGGUCCAUCAAGCCGUAACAGCGUCACGCGAAAGGCUACCAUGGCUCAGACAGGCUUGGCUAACUACCCUACCAUUGUUGAGCCCAAGAAUCAAGCACCAUUUCCUAUCCCAGCCCGAGCCAGCUCACGGAAGCCAUCCAUCAGCACCAGUAUCCCAAGCGAUGGACGCAGCACUCCAUCAAGCAUUAGCGGGCAUCGCCGAAGCGGUAGCCGUACUUAUUAUGCAAACAGCGUUCAUGUUCGUCGUGUUCGUUCCGCAAACACUCUGCCACACCAUGAACGUCACCGCAGGACAGGCAGUCGAACACCACCUCUAUCACCUUCCACUGAAGCCCCUGAAAGUCCCGGUCUCCCUCCCCUGCCCCAAAAUGAUAUCACGACGCCGCGCCACCGAGAAGGCAGCACCUAUAAGAGGCAUCGCCAUCAGCUAUCCAACAAUACUGUCAUGACUGCCAAAUCCGAGGCUGUAUCCCAGGCAAGCUCACAAACCCCGGGAGUCGUGGAUGCGAUUGCUCAGACCAUGGUUGGAGAAUGGAUGUUCAAGUAUGUUCGCAGAAGGAAAUCAUUUGGCGUUGGAGACGCAGGCCAUAAAGAUGAGAACAGCAACGAUAGGCACAGGCGAUGGGUCUGGGUAGCACCGUAUGAGCGAGCUAUUCUAUGGAGCAGCAAGCAGCCAUCUUCCGGCAGUGCUCUGUUAGGAAAGACGGGUCGCAAGCUUGCUAUCCAAUCGGUCCUCGAUGUGAAAGAUGACAACCCGGCACCUCGAGGUGCUACAACGCCCAUCUUCAACCGAUCAAUCCUUAUCCUCACGCCACAGCGAGCACUCAAAUUCACAGCGCCUACAGCUGAGAGACAUUAUCUCUGGCUGACGGCAUUGUCAUUCCUGGCCCAUUCUUAUCAAGCCGUGCCCGACGUCCUCCCUGCCCAGCCCCAACAACACCUCUCGGUUAAGCAGCACCCUCUCCCAAACUUUGAACCGCCACGCCCUACGAAGUUGACGAGAGGAGGAAUACGAGAUUCUAUUCGACUGGCCAAGGGCCGAGCAGGUCCGCCAAAGACAGAGCUGGCAAGCAUGCCUAGCAUCCCUGAUGUUCCCACCGUACGGAUGGGCGAUGUUUCCAGGUUUCGAGUGGCAGAGUCCGUGACUGGAGUCGGGCACUCAAGGGAAAUCUCGGUGGAUGCCGCCGAGCCACCUAUGAUACCUCGCUUCAAUGAUCGGACAGGCCACACGCCAAUAAAUCAUGGUCGCAAGCGUAGCAACACAGGAGGUCGUGUGCCCCCGCCGCUAUCUUUCCGAGGCUUCUCAGGGCCGACUCUUGGUGAAAUCAGCCAUCACUCUUCAAACAGUACCGCCGGUGCCAGUAUCGAGACGACUGGUUCUUCUGAACUUUACCAGUCACAAGGAUCUCCUGCCAGCUGGGGUAUAGCCCAAACACCGCUGUCAACGGUAUCAUCUCAGCAAGGCAACUUCUUUGAUGCAAUAGGUACUGUGCGCAUGGAGGCGUUUAUUAGCCCUCAUGCAUACCAGCAGUACAACGAAUAUCAAGAAGAAGGUGAAGAUGAUUACAGAAUGCUUGCGCGAAAGAAGAGUAAAGAAUUUCGCCGACGCAGCAGCCGGAAUCGCCGCCGAGCCCAGCUGUCAAGGAGCACCCGGGGAUCAGACGAAUUCUUCAGCGGAAGCAAGACAGCAGGGGAGGAGGACUUUUUCCGAGACGACCCUUUUAGGGGCUUUUAA